AUGGACGAUAAAGAUCGCCAGGAGUCGUCAUCAUUGGCGGAGACCAUGGAAAAGUAUAGCCAGAUCGAAGGGGCAACCCCUAGAGAAAAAAUGGCCAAUGCCUACGCCCAAAUGCGCGCGCGAGCCAAUGGUGGAAUGUCUCAGAUUGCCGAUCCGAGUGCAACCCCUUCCUCUGCUGGGGAUAUCGAGCCUUCUGCGCCUGUCUCAGUGCCAGAAACCGCAGAACCGCUCAGCAUUAGGGUGGAAAAGGAGCCAGCCCUUCCAGUUGAACAUGAAAUGCACCCGCCCGCGACAGGGGCCGCGGUCGAGCCGACUGAGAUCGAGAAUCAGCAUUUCGGGGUACAGACAAUCCAACCUAGUGCAUUGACAGUGACACAUGUUGAAGAACUGUCUCCUGGAUCAGUGCACCUUGGGCCGUCGGAGUUCGCUGUGCCACUCCCCAUGGACUCUAGAGUCAAAGAUGAUUAUGAACGGAUCUUGGAAGCCCAUUCCCAAAACGUUCAAGAUUUUCUCAAGGGUUCUUAUCCGCAGGAAAAUAUCCCCGAACAAGAUCGUGGGCGCCUUGUAUCUGCCAUGUACAAUCUUCUUCGACAGCUAAGCAAUGUCACGACACACCCCGAUCUAAACAUCACAGAGCACAUCAAGGAUUCGUCGUCCGACUUGAAACAGGAGGCGGCUUGGGCCGAAUACUCCAGUGCAAAGUUCCUGUUCCUGGGCUACCUUGCCGAGAACGCGACUUCCAAAGACAUACACCUCGUGGUUAUGGUGCACGGAGAGAAAACCCAGAAGGUUGUUGAGCGAUACCUUUCAGGGAAAGGACUCGUAUACACCCGACCCCGAGGCGAAAUGGGAACUGGCACCAAUUUGGAAGUUUCCAUGAUGAAAGGAUCGUUGAGCUUUGGCAUCCAGUCCACGCAAAAUGAUGGCGUCAUCGGUACAUACAGGACACCGUCGGCGAUCAUCGCGAUGGACUCCUCAUUCAGCCCGAAGAACCCAAUGGUUGAACAUAUGCGGACCACCUUUGCCCGCGAUGGGAAUCUCCUUCCUGCGAUCCGACUGGUCGUGUCAAAUUCCAGCGAGCAUGUCGAGCUUUGUUUCCCCAAUCUUCCCGAAAUUCGACGCCUCUACUUACUAGUCCAAUAUACCAUGCGGCUUCGCGACGUGGUCGGAGACCUCCAAGACGACGCAUUGGGGGUGCAGGAAGACGCCGAGGAGAUCAUAACAUAUCUUGUAUCGGACAACUUCAAUGCGCAUUGGUCUUUGCCUCUAGUGGAGCCGCUGCACAUUGUGGACGCGGACGAACUGGAUCUUACCCAAUCCCAACAUCCAGAGCAAAGUGGCAACAACACGCCUUUCCCCGCCCCCCAGAUUCAGAAACGUUUACAUACGGAGGAGGAAUCUUCCGGGCAGAGCUCUAAACGACCUAGGACAGAGACAUCACAAGAAGCCAGCCAGCAAACCGAGUCCACAAAAUUCCCGAGCCAAACUCUCGACAACGACCUACAUCUGUUGGAGCGGCACCUUGUGCACCUGAGAAGCUCUCACGCGACGGAAGUCGAGUCCCUGCGGAAGGCCUUGACACAAGCGCAGUCCGGUCUACAAGCAAAGGAGAAGGCCCUUGAAACCCUCCAACAUCGCUACGAAAGCCGCACCGAAGAGUUUCACCGAACGCGUCAGGAACGCGAUCGAUUGACCGAAACCAAAAGCUCAUCGGAGCAACGGGUCGAGCGGCAGAAGGAGGAACUCAUGAAACUAAAAGACGAACGCACGCAGCUGCGACACGAGCUCGAAAAGGCGCGAGAAGAGUUGAAGUCAGGUGGGGGCAGCAUCGCCGAGCUCGAAGCGGCGCGCGAGGAAAUCCGCCGGUUAGGAAAAGAGAAUGCCAACCUGGAGCGCAAGGCCGAAUACGAGGCCAAACAGAGCGAGUACACCCGCGAGCAAUACCAAAAUGCCUCGACGACAGCUGCCCAAUCCGUCAACGAGAUCCGCCAACUCCGCCAAGAGAACGAGGCGCUGAAGCGUAAAGUAGACGGCAAUGCCGUCCAAUUGCGAGAGCUGAACCUGCAGAAUGACGAGGCUCGGCAUCUCGCUCGGGUCCACGAGGUGGAAGCCAUGCUGCGGUUCCGCGAAGACCUUCUGCGGCGAAAGGAAGACGAACUUCGGGAGAUCCGCAAGAAUCGGCCUUCGACCCGGUCCACUAGCACUCAGCCGCGGAGCCCCAAAAUCACCGCCAAUAGCCGACCGACUAGUCCUGGGAUUGGCGGCCGGGGUAGUGGACUCCGUUUCAGCUCGGAGAUGUCCCUCCCUUGA